AUGCCAACGUUUUUGAAUAUUUAUAAAAUUUUGUCUUUGUACAGUAUUCUCAAACCUCCAAAAACGGGAAAUUGUUCCAUUACAAAAGAAAACCCUACCCUGCCUUUGGUAACGCUUGCCGAUCUUCAAUCGAUAUACCACAAUUCUGAUACUUCUGUGAACAUCUCAAAUUUAAUCAAAGAAAAAUUGCAACGUAUUGUGCAGCAUGAAGAAUGGGACUUCGAAACUGUAUCGGAGCACGAUUACAGUGUGCCUGAAGUUGCCAGUUGCGUUAUGUACUGCUUAACUGCUGACCUUUCAAAACAAAUUUGUAACACAGUUAAGUGUCUCAAAUGCAAAGACGCAUUAUUACGAUCAGAUGCCAAUGGCAUAAUUCUCCCCGAAGCUCUAUUGAGUAAUUGGCAACAACGCGACGGGCUGGUCCACCCGAACACACGUUUAUACCAUUUUUUAGUAUUUCUUGAGAAAAGCUUCCAAUCUCACUGUGAUUCCCCGCAUGUUUUUGAUAAUAUUCUUGACGAUGUGCUUAAUUAUCGGAGCCUGUCAUUCCCUUGUCCCGAUCAUGCUCAUGAUAUUUUGUAUCAAAUAAUUAAAUACUUCGUCACGAAAAGGAUGCAACAAUAUUGUACGAGAAUCAACGCUGAACAAAAAAAAAAUAACCAAACCAGCAAAAAACAUUCAAAAUUUCAUACCACUUAAAUGUAAAUAAAUAAAUAUUUAUUUGUUUUCAUAUAUUUUGUCUUCUUUCAUCCGUCUUCCCUUUUUUAAACUAGGUUCUAAAUCCUAAACGUACUAAAUAUAAAAAAAAAUAAAUACAUAACAAAUAAUAAAUUACAUACAAAAAUAACAAAUAAAAUAUUUUUUGUGUUGCCCUACAUCCUACAGCCCCUACCGC